AUGGGUGUCAUUGUUUUUGAAGAUGAAUACGUUUCAACUGUUGCACCACCUAAACUCUACAAAGCUCUCGCAAAAGACGCCGACGAAAUCGUCCCAAAGGUGAUCAAGGAAGCACAAGGAGUCGAAAUCAUCGAAGGAAAUGGAGGACCAGGAACCAUCAAGAAGCUAUCCAUUCUUGAAGAUGGAAAAAUCAACUAUGUGCUACACAAACUAGACGCAAUUGAUGAAGCAAACUUUGGUUACAACUACAGCUUAGUAGGAGGACCAGGGCUACAUGAAAGUUUGGAAAAAGUUACAUUUGAGACAGUUAUUGUGGCUGGUUCUGACGGUGGAUCCAUCGUUAAAAUUUCUGUGAAGUAUCACACCAAAGGUGAUGCAGCUCUAUCUGAUGCAGUUCGUGAUGAAACAAAGGCCAAAGGAACUGGGCUUAUCAAGGCUAUUGAGGGUUACGUUUUGGCAAACCCUGGUUAUUAA